AUGAGUGCUGGGAAAAAUAAGCCAAGAGAAAGUACCAAGAAUGGGAAUAUAUCCACAGGAAGGAGUGACAUGGAAAUACCUGUCACAGAGAGGAAAUUGUACUUAGAGAAGGAAUGCAAGAUUCUCACCAACUAUAUAAACACAUACCUGGGAAAAGUGGAGCAGCUCCUGCAGGAAAAUAAAUGCCUAGAAAAGGAAGCCAAACAGUAUCAGGAAGAGAGCAGCACUUACCUCUCUUACAUAAGAAAACACAGGCAGAAGUGCCAGAAUCUGAUUAUAACACUAAAUGACCAGAAUCAUGCCGACCUGUCUCAAGUCUGGGCACAGAAAGAGACACUCAUCUCCCAGUACACAGAAAAAGAGGAGGAGGUAAGGAGCUCUCUCACCAAUGUGGAGACAAAGUACUCCCUUACAAACAAGGAGCUUGAAGACCUGGAGCCUUUCAAAGACAAGGUGGAACACACAAAAAAGAUUGAAGAGCUGGAGAAAGAAUUACUGGUCACCAAGAUACAGCACGCAGACGAAAUGCACAGAGUCAGGAGUGGAUUUCAGCAGGCCAAGGCUGACUGUGAGCUGGAGUUUGAUCAGAAGAUGCAGGUUCUCACCAGGACAGCAGAAGCAGCAGCGAUGCAGGCACUCUUUCAGCACAUCACAGAAGUGAAAGCAGAGAACUGGCAGCUGUGCAGGCAGCUGCACAGGCUCAUCCAGCACUCUACAGCCCUUAAAGAGGCCAAAGCUGAGCUGAGAGAGCAGCAGCAGCAGCUCCAUUGGGAGCUGCAGUGCAUACAGGACAUGGCACACCGGCGCCGCUGGCUGCACCAGCACACCGUGCAGCUCUGA